AAGAAGAAGAAACGUUUUCAUGGCGGAACCGAACACGACGGCUGACUGUCAUAAUAAUCAGCAUAAAUUCAGUGAUUUAAUGACUAUGUAAUAACCAUAAGGUGCUAUUUGGACGAAAAAGAAAAUAGAAGUGUUAUAAGUAAGAUAUCAAAAUGAAUUCAGAUCACCAAAUUUGUCUAAUACGAAGUGAAGAGGAAGCCCAUAUUAUUGAGAUUGCGCUAAGAACAGCUGUUCUUAGCGUAGUAGAAGUGAUAAAUGACAUAAACAGAAGCCGAUUUCAGGACUAUCAAAGGAAAGUUACAGAAAAUGACAAAGAGAAUGCACAACUCAAAGCGGAGGUCGAUAAAGCAGAGAAAGAACUCGCGUUUCUACGCCAGCUUGUGGGGUUUCAGCAACAACAACAAAGUGAUGAAGGAAAUGUGAGGUGCAAUUCAAGCACUGACACACAUGUGCCAGAAAGUAGAUGGAGCGUGGAGAUUGAAAAUGGAACUGUGAAUGAAGCCUUGUCAACACCCCAAAGCUGUGUAGAACAGUCCAAAAAUAUAAGUAGAAAGCCAUUAAGUGCAGCUGAAAAGCAAAGGCGCUACCGAGCCCGUCGAGAUACAAAUCCCGAGAGAAGGGCAAAAUACCUCGAAUACGAGAGGAGGAAAUGGAAAAGAGACAGGGAGCUGGGGAAGAAGAAACUCGUGCAUGAGUGCAACGUGAGCGAGCAGAUGGCAAUAAGAAGGAGAUGGAAAUUAGCCAAAGCAAAGAGCAGGGCAGCAAAAGAUGCGACUGCCAUCCUCUCACCACCGCCAGUGAGCCCAGAAUAUCAACAGCUACAUCAACACGAAGCAGAUCAUAGUAUUGACAACCAGUUUGAAUGUCUGAGUGAGGAGACAUCUGCAGUACUGCAAGACUCUGCUACAGGUUCUUCUGGACAUCAUGGACCUGUGUUCACGCUAUCAGGGUUCUCAGAAAACCACACAGACAUGAUGAAUUGCCCUGUGGUAAAAGAGGAGCCUCCUAAUACAGACACGGUUUACAUCAAGUUUGAGGUGAAGGAGGAGAACGUGUGCACGGACCAAGAGGGCAGUUCUACCUCGUGUGUUCUGGAGAGAGAGCCCCAAGAAAAAUCCCGCAUCACCCACUUCAGAGACGGUGCGUUUGGAACCAGAAGUAGACUUACUUACCGCAAUGCUCGACUGACAGAAGACAGAAGAUUGCCCUCAGUCUCAAGGGUUAAAAAGAGGAUUGAUGACCGUGAGAGACAGCGGCGUUACAGGGAGAGGAUUCGUUCUGACCCGGAGAAGCUCCAAGCCUACUUGGAGAAAGACAGACGCAGAUACCAGAAGAAGAGGAAGCUGAUCCGUGAGCUUCCCGAACAGAUCCAGAAGCAGAAGAGAGCCAUGUGGAGAGAGGCCGCCCGGAGAUGCAGAGCCAGGAAAAAAAACACCCCCCAUGUGCAGUGGACAGAGCCUCUCUGACCGGUGUGGACUCCGCAGUCAGACAGGGCGUGACACAUGACAAAAAACAAAGACUCUCUUGAUUAUUAGGUGCAUUGAGCCGUGACUACACGGCACACUCUACACAGUAUUGAAUACGCAGUAAAGAACAUUUCCUCAAUUGAAAGUCCCCAGAUCUUGUUGAUAACAUGUUGAUCGCUUGAUUGUGGUGCCACUUUUUUGGUUGUUCUGAAGAAAAAAGACAGUUUGUGCUACUCUGGGGCUAAUUGUUUCAGUGAAUUUUUGACAGGUCUCAAGCAGUUGUUUCCUAGGCACACAGUGAACUGUAUGAAUACUGCAGUCUACUCACUCAUGAGUUUUGUGAAGGCAGGGUGCAGUCAAGAAAUUUGUGACAGUUGAAAGCCCACUAAUCUUGUUUGUUGUAAAUAUAUGUUGGUACUGUAACAUAAA